CAGGCCCGCCCGGGCGGGGCGGUGCCUACGGCGGCCGGGAGGGCCCGAGCGCGGCGGGCGCGGCGGCGGGAUGGAGUCGGUGGUCUUCAUCUUCUCGCUGAUCGACUGCUGCGCUCUCAUCUUCCUCUCCGUCUACUUCAUAAUCACACUAUCAGAUCUGGAAUGUGACUACAUCAACGCUAGAUCAUGCUGCUCCAAGCUCAAUAAAUGGGUGGUGCCUGAGGUGGUUGGCCAUGCUGUUGUCACAGUAUUAAUGCUUAUUUCAUUGCACUGGUUCAUCUUUCUCCUUAACCUGCCAGUGGCCACAUGGAAUAUAUAUAGGUACAUUAUGGUGCCAAGUGGAAACAUGGGAGUAUUUGAUCCCACAGAGAUCCAUAACCGAGGACAACUGAAAUCACACAUGAAAGAAGCCAUGAUUAAGCUGGGCUUUCAUCUGCUCUGUUUCUUCAUGUACCUUUACAGUAUGAUUCUGGCUUUGAUAAAUGAUUGAGAAGUUGAAAGAGAACCAUUAGCUGCCAAAUUGGGUCAUCACUCCAGUGACUGGUUGUGGAGCCACAGACACCUCCCGAACACACCUAGAUCAGUGUCGUCAUGCAGUAUAUUUUUCCUCUUUGAACAAGAAAUAUUUUUCUGUAUUUUUAACAUAAAAUAUUUUCAAAAGACAUUGGAUCUGUGUAGCAGUCGUCUUUGUUCCUUUACAAGCCAAACUGCUGGAGCUACUGUUUCUGCAAGAUGAAAUCCUUGCUUACAGAAGUGACCUUGCAGGAAUUAAAAGGUGAUAAGGGAAACUUGUUUCAGCAGCAUGAGCUGGUAAUGAUGGUAGUUCCAGAACACAUUUAAGUGCAGCAAUGAUACCUGAUUCUUGCUGAGAGGCGUCAGGACAAGACUCUGGCUGCCAAGCUGUCCUAUCAGAGCCUAAUUUGAAGCAGCACUCGGAAGAGAUUUCAAAGUGGAACAGGAGCACAUCUUGCAUCUUUUCAUUGGUACUCUUUCCAGACAAAAAUCAAUGGAACAAAAGUUACGUUUUCCUCCCUUUCCCCAUUCCCCCUGCAGCAACCUAUAUGAAGUCUUGUAUUUGGAUGGAUUUUUUGGUGCAUAUGACACUUGUAAGAGUGCAGAUAAACAAGAAACGUGAUUAAUA